UCACAGGCAGAAAACUGAGAGGAGCAAACACCUAACAACCGACAUGUGGGCUUCAGUACUCACAGUGCUCUGGCUGGUGACCUCAUUGGCUAAUGCUGCUGACACCUGCCCAGAAAUAAAGGUUGUGGGAGUUGGAGAAUCGGACAAGUUGACCAUUCUCAGAGGUUGUCCUGGGAUUCCGGGACUUCCUGGCCAAAAAGGAGAAGCUGGAUCAACUGGACAGGCAGGUUUGAAAGGUCUUUCAGGAAGUCCAGGAAAGGCUGGACCACCAGGACAAAAAGGUGAGACUGGUUCAGCUGGAAAUAACGGAGUAAAAGGGGAAAAAGGAGACAUCGGCAAAUCAGAGUCACUGUAUGCUGCGAGGAACUGUAAGGAGCUGCAGGAUCAGGGAGAGGUCCUAAGUGACUGGUACACAAUCUACCCAGAUGGGAAGCAACCUCUGAAGGUCCUGUGUGAUCUGCAUACGGAUGGAGGAGGCUGGAUUGUGUUUCAGCGGCGCUGGGAUGGUUCUGUUGACUUCUUCCGUGAUUGGAAAUCAUACAAGACCGGAUUUGGCAGCCGUCUGAAUGAGUUCUGGUUGGGAAACGAUAAUAUUCACAAGAUAACAUCAACAGGCACAUGGGAACUGCGCAUAGAUCUCCAGGACUUUGAGAACACAAAGCAAUUUGCCAAAUAUACUUCCUUCCAAAUCCUGGGAGAGACUGAGAAAUACAAGUUAUUACUCGGCGCCUUCAAGGAGGGCACUGCAGGGGAUUCUCUCUUGAUUCACAAGGACAAACCAUUUACCACAAAGGACCAAGACAAUGAUGAUAAUCCAGGCAAUUGUGCUGAUUAUUUCAAAGGAGCUUGGUGGUACGUCAACUGCCACCAUUCAAAUCUAAAUGGAUUGUAUCAUCUGGGACAGCACAGCAGUGAUGCAGAUGGCAUCAACUGGUACUCUGGCAAGGGACACAAAUACUCUUAUCAAUUUUCUGAAAUGAAGAUAAGACCAGUGUAAACAGAACAGAACGGAAGGAGGAACGUAUUAAGCAAGACAUAAAUAAAUAAUCCCAUGACAAUAA